CCCGGAAGUGGUCGUCGUCGCAGUGGCACCGGUGGGAGCGGGGCGCGGGGCUCAGAUUGCUGCCGGCGAGCGGACGGGUGGCGGCGGGGCGGGCGGUCUCCCCAAGUCGUGCGGCCGGGCCCACAGCGGCUUGAUCGGUUGGCUGGCUGCGAAUCCACUGAACCGCCGGGCCCGAUCGCAACCUGCUCUCCCGCCCGCCAGAGCGCCCCAGAACCGGGAGGGAUCCUCUCUGCUGGCGUCACCAUGACCAAGGCCGGGAGUAAGGGCGGGAACCUCCGCGACAAGCUGGACGGCAACGAGCUGGACCUGAGCCUCAACGACCUCAACGAAGUCCCCGUCAAGGAGCUGGCUGCCCUUCCGAAGGCCACUGUACUGGAUCUGUCCUGCAAUAAACUGGCCACUCUCCCGUCUGACUUCUGUGGCCUCACACACCUGGUGAAGCUGGACCUGAGUAAGAACAAACUGCAGCAGCUUCCCACUGACUUCGGCCGUCUGGUUAACCUCCAGCACCUGGACCUCCUCAACAACAGGCUGGUCAAUCUGCCGGUCAGCUUUGCCCAGCUCAAGAACUUGAAGUGGCUGGACCUGAAGGAUAACCCCCUGGACCCUGUCCUGGCCAAAGUGGCAGGCGACUGUUUGGACGAGAAGCAGUGUAAGCAGUGUGCCAACAAGGUGUUACAGCACAUGAAGGCUGUGCAGGCAGACCAGGAGCGGGAGAAGCAGCGGCGAAUGGAAGUGGAACGAGAGGCUGAGAAGAAGCGGGAGGCCAAGCAGCGAGCCAAGGAGGCCCAGGAGCGGGAGCUGCGGAAGCGGGAGAAGGCGGAGGAGAAGGAGCGCCGCAGAAAGGAGUAUGAUGCACUCAAGGCCAACAAGCGAGAGCAGGAGAAGAAGCCCAAGAAGGAGGCCAAUCAGGCACAGAAAUCGAAGUCUGGCUCUCGACCCCGCAAGCCACCACCCCGGAAGCAGACGAGGUCAUGGGCUCUGCUGAAGCUGCUGCUGUUGCUGCUGCUAUGCGUGGCCUGUGGGCUGGUGGCAUGCCGGGUGACGGCGCUGCAGCGGCAGCCGCUCUGCACCAGCGUCAACACCCUCUAUGACAACGCGCUCCGUGGGCUGCGUGGCCACGACCUCCUGCGCUGGGUCCUGCAGACCGACUCGCAGCAGCAGUAAGCGGCCCCCAGCACCACUGCCGACUCCUGGCCUCGGAGCGUGGAUUCCUAUGGAAUUGGGUUCUGCUGGACACAAGCUCUUCACCACCUGCCCUGUCCUGGGGCUGCUGACUGGGACUCGAGACCUCUCUGGAGGACUUCUUUGUGCCCCAGUCAGGGUCCCCUGGCGGAGUGAGGUGACAUGGGAGGUGGGGACAGUGACCUGCAUGCCUGGAGGAAUAGGCUUGGGGGUGGGGAGCAGGAAAAACAGCCUUUUCUAGUUUGUUCCACAAAGCUGUGUAAAGGCAAGGUUCAUUUCUACUAAAUGGUCAGCUGUCAAUGCA